UCCCCAGCGAGGUCUUCAUUGCUCAGUUGAUUUUGAAGCGAUACGAUGAAGGUAGUACUAGCGGUGGCACUUGCUCUCGUGGUGGCCAUUGAGGCCAGGGAGAUUCCCAAACAGGAUAUAAUUCCGUUCGCACCGGCGUGCACGAUCAACAUUAACACUCAACUGCCGCGACCCCAGCCACUGAUAUUGAUCCCAGGCACGGAUCAGUUCCGGUACCCACAGUCAAACGAUCGCAUGCUCAACCUGAAUGCCGGAGAAUCGCUGGAGUUGGCCUGUGAAACCGGAUUCAACGUGUCACCGGCGAAAAACUCGAUCGUCGUGUCGUGCGUCUCCGAUCGAACCUUCAGCUAUGACGGUGCUAACUUCCAGCUGAACGAAUUCUCUUGCAAUGAAAACUGGUUCAGCACUGCUCGGCGAACCAACGUUCCCUGUGAACAGGGAGCAACGAUCGUCGAGGUUGGAUUCGACAUGGGAAAUCGUUUCCCCAAGAUCAUGGACAUCUGCCACAACUAUCGAACGUUCGAGAACCACUGGAUCAAGCACGAGUUCCAUGUAGCGCACGACGGUUUCCAGCAGGGAGUUCCACGUCCGGACUGGCAUCAGGGAGAUUUCCAGCAGGGAAUCAACGUCAACCUGCUGUACACGGUCAACCGUCAACGAACGACGCUGGCUCAGAUCCUGGGCUCUCAAGCUAUUGCAAACGAGUUGGUGAUCGACGCUACCAGUGGGAUCUUCAUGGCUCGUGGUCACAUUGCUGCACGUGCUGACUUCAUCUACGGAACGCAACAGAACGCUACCUUCUGGUUCUUGAACGCCGCUCCGCAGUGGCAAAACUUCAACGAUGGUAACUGGCUGCGGAUCGAGGAUAGUGCUCGCAGCUUCGUCGCAUCUCGCAACCUCCACGUAACGGUGUACGGUGGAACUUACGGAGUGCACACGCAGACCGAUGCCAACGGUGACCAGCAGCCGAUCUACCUGGACUUUGACCCGAACGGUAUUCAGCGUCUUCCUUCGCCUAAAAUCUACUACAAAAUCCUUCACGAUGAGCAAAAUAAGGCUGGAAUUGUGCUGAUUGGUGUCAACGAUAUUCACAUUACGUCGAUGGAGCGAAUCCGCAACGAAUACAUGUUCUGCGAAGACAUUGGUGACAAGGUUAGCUGGGUCAACUGGGAUCGGUUCAACUUGGGGCUGGGAUUCUCCUAUGCCUGUGAAGUGAACGAGUUCCUGAGGAAGAUUGGACACCUGCCCCAUCUGGACAUUCCAAACCUGUUGAUCUAGAAUCAUGUUUUACUUAUUUUGGGAGUAUUAAAGUCUCUUUGUGCAUUUAAA